CCGCCAAAUAUGAAGGCCGCAUUGGUAAUGUGAAAAACUUCACCGGCUUUCCACUUCCUACGAAACAUUUACGCACGAAUUCUUAUUGUAUGUUGAACUAAAGAAAAACAGUCUAAAAUCAUGAAGCUUCAGGUUUUAGCAGCACUACAAGUUCUCGUAUGUGUAGUGUUUUGGACGGCUGAGGCGGCGCUAAAAGAAGAAGAAUGCGAAGUUUGUGUCAAAUUUCUUACAAAAGUGAAGAAUUCAUUAGAUUCCAGUGAAGAGGGAAAUGUUGAUAAAAUAGAAGCUAAACUGAAGAAGGCUUGUAAAAAGGCUAAGACAAAAGACAACAGAUUUUGCUAUUAUAUAGGUGGUACUGAGGAUGCAGCUACUGGUAUGUUGCAAUCUGUUACAAAGCCUAUGAGUUACUCUAAACCUAUAGAAAAAAUCUGCCAAGACCUGAACAAGAAAGAUAACCAGAUCUGUCAUCUACAGUAUGAACAAAAGAUUGAUCUCAAGAAUACGAACUUGAAGAAACUAAGGGUGAAGCAGCUGAAGAAGAUCCUGAAUGACUUUGAUGAGCAGUGCCAUGGAUGUGUAGAAAAGGCAGAUUUUAUAAAAAAGAUAGAAGAUGUUAUGAAAGACCACUCUGAGCUUUGAGGACAGCAUAAACUUCUACAAUUAUCUUAUUGUCAAAAAUUCUUCUCAUUCCAGCACCUCUCAUUAUAUAUCGUUUUUUUCCAUUAGACCAUUUUAUGAAAGACAACUGUUUAUUACAAUUGCCUUCCAUGCAUUAUAAAAAUAUUCCUAUAUUUUACAUAGGAUCCUUUCAUAAAAAACUCUUCCAAUUCCAUAGGAUUUAUUUAAAGAAACAUGAAUGUUUCUGAUGAUGUUCAAGGUUUUACAUUUGCAAGCACAGUAUGAGAUUUCUAUAUCUACUUAACAGUGAAUGGUGUAUUGUUAGCUAUAAAUAGAAAUUGUAGUUAACCUGGACUGCAAAUAUUACUGUUUGUAUACAAUAAACAAGGAAUUUUG